GGCGGGACCUGGUGCCAGCGCGAGGCGUUCGCUGGUAACGGUUCCCGAAGAGAGCAGAAAACGGAGAGGCGGCGGACGGAUCCUUCCCGUAGGUACGAUGAUCGAGUCUCCUGGGAUGCAGCCUCGGCGGUGACCCCCCUACACAGAGGAGGAUCAGAUCUGGCGUGUCACCAUGGUGGAAAAAGCUCGCUGCCCCGUGCAGAGGGACACAGUGUACCGCUGGUUCUCCGAGCUCAGCUCCUGGCAGCGGAUUGAGUUCCUGUGCGGCUUGCUGGACCUGUGCCUACCACUGGAGCUGCGCUUCCUGGGCUCCUGUCUGGAGGAUCUGGCCCGUAAGGACUACCACUCAUUGCGUGACUCUGAGAUCAAAGCAAACAACUCGGCGGAUCUAGCCGCCCUCACCAACCUGGGCGACGAGGUGGUCCGCAGCAAGCUGCUGGUGUCGCUGGCCCUGCUGACCUCGGAGAACCGGGAGGCGGCAGGAGUGCUGUGCCGGACCCUUACCCACAUGGACUCCAUCAUCAACAACCUGGGCCUGCAACUGAAUGAUGGACGCACUGGGGACGAGUUCCUGCUGCUCUUCACCAUGGCCACCAAUCACCCAGCCUUCAGCUUCCACCAGAAGCAGCUGCUGAGGAAGGAGCUGGCACACCUCCAGGGCAGGCAUGGGGCCACUGGGCACAGCGUGCCCACCCCCACCACCAUCACUGUCACCAGCAGCAAGGGCUCCUCCACCUUCCCCAAGCUGGCUCCGCGGACAGAGAACCUGGCUAGCAGCAUCGGUAACAGUUUAGCAAAUGCACUACAUACAUCAGCACAUUCCAUAGAAGAUUCGUUACCUAUGAGGCCUUCUGGAAAGCACUCCAAAGUGAAUGUUGAGAAGAUUGAAAUCAAAGUCUUGCCGCAUAAGAAGAAGGAGAAGAACGCAGACUGUUGUUUUGAGGUAUUUUGGUCUGAUUCCUCUGUAUCGCUGGUAACGAAAUCUUCAACAGAAAUUUCAGAGCUCAUAUCUAAGCUCUCCCACCUGUACUCAGACGAUUUGGAGAAAUGCAUUCCUUACCGCGGCAGUGUGGACUCCUAUUCCAUGGACAGGAACCACAUGGAUCUGGAUUUAGAUCUCCAGUAUCUGGUGUGCCUGCCUCCUCAUGUACUAAAGAGUGACCUUAUCAAGAAGUUCUUCAGUAGUUUACCAAGCCACCAACCGCAUCAGAGCUUGAGUUCCAGCAACCCAACCCAUGUUAAAGUGAACACAGCAGUGGGCCCCACUAUACGGCCCAUAUGUGGUGUCGCCAGUAUCCAGUCUUCCCACAGCAGCAUUGCACUGCACCAUGGCGGCGGGGCCACCAUCGGCGGAUCACCAUGUCCCAGCUCCUCCGCUGUGACAUACCGGCCGCAGGUGGAGGCCGCCUCUACCGCCAUCACCGCCAGCGCGCCAAGCCCGCAGACUCAAGAACAGCAGGAAAUCCUGGAGUGGCUACGCAAGUUGCGUCUGCACAAAUACUACGCCGUUUUCAGCCAGCUUUCCAUGAAGAAGUUCUUGAGUCUUACUGAGGAAGAUUUAAACAAGUUUGAGUCUCUAACGAUGGGUGCAAAGAAGAAGCUGAAGACCCAGCUGGAGCUGGAGAAGGAGAAAUCGGAGAAGAGGUUUCUGAAUCCGGCACAGUGUUCCUUCACAAGCAGCGGGGUUGCCAGAGUCCCUCCCACUAGCCAUGUCGGGCCAAUGCAGAGCAUCCACUAUAACCAUUCUACAGAACUGUCUGUAGACGUGGAGCCGACAACUUCUCAAAUGCCUCAAGAAGGCAGCUCGUCAUCCGAGUACUCCAGUUCCCCUUCCAGCCCAAUGGGACUUCAGACACGAGAGGAGAGCUCGGACAGUGCAGAAGAAAUGGACAGGCGUCUCGGAAGACACUUGGACUGCACAGAGAAAGAAAAGUCGGUCUUGUUGGUGAAUCACUUUACGUCGACCUCGGUGCGCCCGACAGCCCAGGUUCUGCCUGUUCAAAACGAUGCCGGAUCCAGCGCUGCGAAUCAUCACACUCUGCCAAUUCAGAUCAUUACUGGGACCCCGACUCAUUUCGCUCCCCUCCACCUCAUCAACACGUUGCACAAGUCAGACCGCGGAGGCACUGAGAUCAAACUCCUCCAGUCUCCGCACUCUCUCCUGUCUUCAGAGGAAAGGAGCAAAUUGGCUGCACCCAGAAGCAGCAUCAAAAUCGAGAAGAGCUUUGGUGGCAUGCUUCUUGAUGUCAAGGCUCCAUCUAACCCUUUGCAAUCUGGACAUGUCCUCUCUAUAAUGCCUGACAGCAGCUCUAUGGCUCAGACUAUGGCAUUCGGUGUCCGCACCAAAGUCGGCAGUUCUAUGCCUGGGGAGAGGACGAUGAAGCCGACUUCGGUGUUGGUGGACAGCAGCAUGCCAGUUGCUCCAUCGUCCGCACCAGUCUUCCACGUUGCCCGAACACCAGUGAAGCUUCUGGUGUCAUCCGCUGAUUCUUCCAUGGUUGGGCAGAUGUCAUGUUCUAGUGUUUCCCCCGCAAUAAUAAGUCCCAGAAAUGUUCUCUAUACAGCCAAUACCAAAGUUGCCUUCUCCACCAUGAGUGGUGCACCGGUAGCUCAGAUGUCAGGCAACUACUGCGCAAACAGCAAUGCCUCUUCGAGCAGCCUCACGUCUACAUCGUACAGCAGCAUAGCCAACCUGCCCAGCUGCUCAGUUCCCAGCUCAAACCCGACAUCUGUAUCUGACAAUAGCUACUACAGCGGCGGAGGAAACUCCCCGACCAUGAACUUGCAAGUUGCCAGCCAAACGUCAGGCCACCACCACCUACACCACCAACCGCAACAGUCCCAGACAGGGUGCACCGUGUGCAGUUCUUGCGGGUGCAGUGGCAGCUGCGGGAGCAGCGGCGUAGCUGUCAACUACGGCAACUAUUUUCAGCACUUCUCGGCACCCUCCAUGUUUCCGUUUUCAAUCAUGCCCUUCAACCCCAUGUGCAAUAAUGGGUACAUCAACACCCAGCAAUACAACAAUAGCUCCUCCUUCCCUGUCAUGCAUAACCCUUACAGCAACAGCCUGAACCCCGACUCCAUGCUGACUGGGCAGCCAAGCUUCUCCAUACCCCCUAUGCAGAACUUUAUCACUGGCACAGCGGGGGUAUACCAGCCUCAGGGAAUAAUGGGAGCCAUUAACGGCACGCUGCACAAGAAGAGCAGCAAUGUCUCGUGUUAUAACUGCGGGGUCAGCGGGCAUCGAGCGCAGGAUUGUAAGCAGCCAUCGAUGGAUUUUAAUCAGCAAGGUACUUUCCAUCUUAAAUACGCCCCACCAUCAGACGGUUUGGACUCUGCAGACUAACCCUCCCCGACACUAUUAUUUGAAGAUGGUGCCAAUGGAGCCCCUGCAUAGGAGCGGGAGCCCUGGCAUAAAAAAGGUGCUUUAUUUAUCCCAGACUGAAGUAACGAUUCUUCAGGUACUCUUCUUUUCUGUGUUGCCAAAUUCAGCUUCAAGGAUACGUUUUAAGAGAAGCGCUUUGAACCGGGCCCCAGUAAAGCUCCGGUUUUGAAGCCUAUUCAGCGGAGGAGAAACCUAGAAAGAACUGAGACUGUUCUCCACCCACAUUUUAAACUUUUCUAGGGCAGCUACUAUAAAUGUCAAGGUAAAAAUGGGUGUUUAUUUACCCGCUAAGCAGCUCCAGCUGCUGGAGAUCGCUGGGAAUUAAUCACUGGGAUACUCUUGCGGAUUGCACUAGGGAAGAAUGUACAAUAUCUUUUUUUUUUUUUUUAUUAUUAUUUCAUGAAAUGUUGCUGGGAUUUUAACAACUUUGCAACACAAACCAUGGACAAUUCCUAACUUUUGCCGAAAUACUAAACGCUCUGCCUGGCCUCCUGGAUCCUAACCAGUAAUGCUUCAACUUUGAGGAUUUUUGCACUUUAACGUUUCGUUUUGUUACUUUUUUUUUUUCAUUGGAUCUGUGUUACGAACUGGGGAUCCUCCGAAGCUCGUUUUAUCUCCUUCGGAAAUUUGUUCCACCAAGAAGAACUGCGAAGGACAUAGUCCCAAACAGUUAAAAGGAAGCAGAACAAGAGGCCAUUGGCGCUAGGUCGCUGUCAGGGCUAGCGCCUGACCAUCGCAGUAUUAUUUCGAAUUACAACAAAGGGCUUUAGCUAACUCGAACUCUCGAACUUCUAAAAAAAAACACUAAACUGUAAACACUAGGGUCCCACCAUCGCUGGUGGUCUGUCUUUUUUUAACACGUCCUCGACAUUUUAAGAAUGCUUCUUUGCUCUCUUGGAAGUUCAGGAUUUUGUUUUUUAUACGGUUUUACAAGGACUACGUACGGAUGAACUGAUCUUUAGAUUAAAAUGCUCUUUUUUGGUUAUUUUAUAUUUUAUUGGGGUCAUUCUUAUUAUUCCAGACCCUUCAGAUCUUUGAAGAGCCACAAAGUAUUGAGAGCCUGCAGAUGUCUGCAGACGGGUUAUUGAAAGCCUGCAGACGAGGUAUUGAGAGCCUGCAGACGAGGUAUUGAGAGCCUGCAGACAGGGUAUUGAGAGCCUGCAGACGGGUAAUUGAGAGCCUGCAGACGAGGUAUUGAGAGCCUGCAGACGGGUAAUUGAGAGCCUGCAGACGGGGUAUUGAGAGCCUGCAGACGGGGUAUUGAGAGCCUGCAGACGAGGUAUUGAGUACCUGCAGACGAGGUAUUGAGAGCCUGCAGACGGGGUAUUGAGAGCCUGCAGACGAGGUAUUGAGAGCCUGCAGACAGGGUAUUGAGAGCCUGCAGACGGGUAAUUGAGAGCCUGCAGACGAGGUAUUGAGAGGCUGCAGACGGGGUAUUGAGAGGCUGCCGACGGGGUAUUGAGAGCCUGC